GUCCCGGAUAUGGCGGUCGCCACACAUACGACUCAUACCCAUCACAACAGCCACACAACGCGAUGCCAUUCGCCGGUCGCCAUACCGUUCACAUGAGAGGACUGCCAUAUAAGACAUCUGAGAGAGAGAUCUACGAGUUUUUCCUACCUUUGAGGCCACUUAACGUACAAAUACUGAUCGACGACUUGGGCCGACCCAGUGGUGAGGCCGACGUGGCGUUUGCCACUCACGAAGACUCUGUCAAAGCCAUGAAUAAAGACAAAGCGUUCAUUCACAGCGAUAACAAUAGCGUGAAGAGAGAGUCGUCGCCUCCCAAUCCGUUCAGAAACGGCGGCCCCAGUAGUGACAACGGGAACCAUAGGGUCGGACCGAUGGGCGGCUGGAGUACGACAGGUCUCCAGCAGAUCAACCAAAUCAACGAAGACUUAAUGCGUUCGCGGGUCCGAAUGAAUCCAUCGGACGAUGAAGAAGACAAUCCUCAGAAACAAUCGGAAAGAGAUGCCACAGGUUUGGCACAAAACCCCGGACUGUAUAUAAUCGGUUCAAUAAUGGAUCAAAUAGAUGCCAGUGAGAUCCGGGGAAAUGAAUCGACGGGUGUGUUGACAGUACCGCUGGAUAGCUUGACAUAUGAUAUGAAACACAGAAAGAGAGGUAAAUGUCUUGUGUUUAACCACGAGUCCUUCGACCCCCACACCGGAUGUACUCCCCGUCCGGGCACUGCCAGAGAUGCCGAGGCUAUUGUGGCCUCAUUUCAAAGACUCGAGUUUGAUGUCGAGCUAAAGACGGACGCCUCUUAUGCCGAUAUAAGACACGCCAUGUCUAAA